UGAUGCCCCCCCCCCCCCCAUAUGAUAAAGUAUUGUCACUGAGCUUCCAGAUCCCAGAGCUCCCCCUGCUCAUGCUCCCCUCCAAGCUCCUUUAUCCCUAAUUCUCCAUCUCACGCCCCCUCCUGGCCCCCGGAUCCUCGUGCUCCGUGUCAGACCGAAUUGUGCACACCCCGGGUAUGGCUGAGAGCCGUCGGACACUGGCUGCCCUGGGGAGGAGGCUGCUGGCCGCAGCGCUGUGCACACUGCUGCUCUGCUCACAGUGCGGCUUCUCCCGGACCCUGAGGAAGAGAGCCCUGAAACUCAGCGACAAGGACGAUGAUUAUGAAUACCCUCUCCAUCCCCACAACACUAACUACCAAAAGAAUGACAGGUGCCCGCCUCCACCCCAGUCCCUGCCAGAUCGAGCCUGCGAAGUGCCCAGCUGCCGCUCCGACUCUGAGUGCGAGAGGCACAAACGCUGCUGUUACAACGGCUGUAUCUACGCCUGCUUAGAGUCAGUCCAGCCUCCGCCAGUGCUUGAUUGGUUGGUGCAGCCCAAACCGCGCUGGCUAGGAGGGAACGGAUGGCUACUUGAUGGACCAGAGGAAGUGUUACAAGCUGAAGCCUGCAGCACCACUGAAGAUGGGGACGAGCCCUUGCAUUGUCCUACAGGGUACGAAUGUCAUAUAAUUAACCCUGGCAGCCCUACAGAGGGAAUCCCAAAUCGAGGGCAGUGCAUCAAGCAGAAAGGUAACACAGAUGGACGAAAUCUGAGACACAAAUACUACAAAGACUUACCCGGUGGUAACUAUAACAAUAUACUGGUGGGCUUUGAAAAGCAGCCGCAGAAGCACUUAGGAUAAAGAACCCCAAGCUGGCUUUACCAGUCACCAUCGCAACUCACCCAAAGAACAUGGUUCCUUCAGAGAUACCCCUGAAACAGACAUCUAAUACUUCUCUCCAUCAAAGAAGCUCUUCCUCGGCUGGUAUUAUCUGUCAAACACAAUGACAUCUCUCCAAGAGAACAUUUAUUAUAGCAAUCCCCUGAGAUCCAACAAGGUGGGCAUUGGAAAUCAUAGCUUUAAAAGCUAAGAGACUAUAAAUCUUUCAUUUUCCAAAUAAUGAUGUGUUUUUCGUCCCCUGACUUUUCAUAUGGCGUUUAAUGAGGAAAAAAACACUCUUGCUGUCAUGGAACGUUACAAAUGUCCUCCCUUCCUCGAAGACUGCAGCUUCCAAAACUUUGACAGACGCAACGCCUUUGUUCUAAUUCUAAGGUUCAUCUGCAACUCUUUGGGAGCCAGAAUGAUGGCCAAUUCCAUUGCCGUUUUAAGACAUACGCAUACUGGGGCCAUGCGUUCCCUGGCAGUCUUAUCAACAUUGACAUUCAAACUUUAAAAUUUUAUUUUUCGUACAACAGAAUUAUUUGUGCAUUAAAAUACAUGUGCUUCUACAUUCUGGCA